AUGUGGUUCUCCAAGUCUCAUUUUCAAUCUGAACGUAAAACAGCAUUAAUCAUCGGAGCUUCUCAGGGUGUCGGAGCUUCCUUAGCGCUCAAAUUAUACAAAGAAAAAUGUAACGUUAUUUUAGUCGCCAGGACGGAAUCUAAGUUAAUACCACAAGUAGAGAAAAUUAAAAGAGAAGUGGGAGAGGGACCACAGAAUGCUACUUACAUAACUUGCGAUGUUUCUGAUUACACUCAAUGCUGCAAUAUGUGGAACGAACUUAUAAAUGUUAGGGAAAAGGAUCCAGAUUUUAUAUUUUGUUGUGCUGGGUCUGCAACCCCAAAGUUAUUUAAUGAUCUUACGGAAGAUGAAUUGUCGAGUGGCAUCAGUACAAACUAUAAUACUGCAGUUUAUGUUGUACAUACUGGCUUUAAGAAAAUUUUGGAGAAAUAUUCUCUGGUAAAGGCGAGUCAUUUCAAGAAGAGACAUAUAAUAUUCUUUUCUUCAGUCGUCAGCUUUUUUCCUUUCAUAGGAUAUGGCCAAUAUGCUCCUAUGAAAGCUGCCAUAGAGUCUUUAUCCAUAAUAUUACGCCAAGAAUUGGGACCAUACAACUACAGAGUCUCUUGUGUUUUCCCAGGAAACUUCCAAAGCGAGGGAUAUGAAGAGGAACAAAGGACAAAGCCAGAAAUCACGAAGAAAAUAGAGGGAUCGAGUCACCCAAUUUCGGCCGAUGAUUGUGCUUGUCUUAUAAUAGACAAACUAAGCAAGGGAUAUGAUACUAUUACUACAGAUUUUAUUGGUUGGUUUUUGGGAUGUUCAGUUUUGGGUGUUUUGCCUAGAGAAUGGUCAUUCUUUCAAGUUUUCGUAGGACUUCUAUUUCUGAUCAUUUAUCCCAUUGUGAACUAUUCAAUCUCUCAUGACAUUAGCAGUUACUUUAAAUCAAGAGACAAAGAAGAAGAGGAAUUCGAACUCAUCGAUAAAAAAGAUAGCUAG